GCGCCACCGCCCACGGUCCGCCGCUGCGGCAGGGACCUCCCCUUUAACGGCGGCAACUCCGCGCUCCGCUGACCCCACGGCGGCUGCCGCUGCUAACAGCAGCUCCUGCUGCCUCAGCCGCCGGCCUCGGGCAGCUGCAUCCUCACCCGGGCUGGGUCCCGCCCCGCCAUGGUGUCCUGGAUCAUCUCUCGCCUGGUGGUGCUCAUCUUUGGCACCCUGUACCCAGCCUAUUCUUCCUACAAGGCCGUGAAGACGAAAAACGUGAAGGAAUAUGUAAAAUGGAUGAUGUACUGGAUAGUCUUCGCCUUCUUCACCACAGCGGAGACACUUACGGAUAUAAUACUGUCCUGGUUCCCCUUCUACUUUGAGCUCAAGAUUGCUUUUGUGAUAUGGCUGCUGUCCCCUUACACCAAGGGCUCCAGCGUUCUCUACCGCAAGUUCGUGCAUCCAACACUGUCCAACAAGGAAAAGGAGAUCGACGAAUACAUCACGCAAGCCCGAGACAAGAGCUAUGAGACCAUGAUGAGGGUAGGCAAGAGGGGCCUGAACCUGGCUGCCAAUGCUGCCGUCACGGCUGCUGCCAAGGGCCAGGGGGUGCUGUCAGAAAAGCUCCGGAGUUUCAGCAUGCAGGACCUGACUCUCAUUCGAGACGAGGAUGCCUUACCGCUUCAGGGGCCGGAUGGCCGCCUCCAACCCGGCCCUGUGGGUCUCCUGGACACUAUUGAGGACUUAGGAGAUGAGCCCGCCCUGAGUCUAAGGUCAAGCUCGAGCCAGGCAGAUCCCCGGACAGAGACCUCAGAAGAUGACCUGGGAGACAAGGCACCCAAGAGGACCAAACCCAUCAAGAAAGUACCCAAAGCUGAGCCACCGGCUUCCAAGACGCUCAAGACCAGGCCCAAGAAGAAGAGUCCUGGAGGGGGUGACUCAGCUUGAGAACUUCAGCUCCCCCCACCCCUCCAUCUGUAGGACAAAACAAGCACUGAGAAGAGCUGCAGCCCUGGCCCCUCCGACAGUGGGCCACUAGCCCCAAGUGUUUCAGACCCGCAAACCCCUAGAUGGCUGUUUCCAGUACCCCCAUCCCAUGAACACUCCUCUGGAGGGGGCUUGGCAAAGAGGAGGUUGAGGACAGACGUGAUGACUAAGCCCUUGAGGUGGAGGCUCUGUGGCCAGCACUGCUCUUGCUGCUCUAGUCCCGCCCUGCCCGUCCAGUGCCUUGCUGACCAUGGCCAUCCCUUCUCUGAGGCCUGACCUGCCCCCCACCUCUCUCCUUUGAAUGGGAGUAGUGGUCACCAUUUAGAAAGACCAGGGAGGGGGCCUUGAGAAGGGGAAGAAACGGAGCGGGUCUGGGAGGAGCGGGUCUGGGAGGAGCGGGUCUGG